AUGACCAAACGCUGCCAUUAAUAUUCAUGGAAGGAGUUGACGGACCCCGACAAUCCCCCAAAUUGAAUGGGAAUCCAAUUCAAAGAAGCAAACUUUUAUAAGGGGCAUCCAAGUAAAAUUUCACUGAAGCUUGGCAUAUUCCAUUCUUCGUGGGUCUUUCUUCUCCUUAUUUAGGUUUGGUGGGCUGGCUACCACCUUUCCCAUCCAUAAACAACACCAGAGAUUUAAUACGAACAAGAGGAGUAGUUGUUGUUGUUGCUGUUGUUCGGAUUUGAAUUUUCAUUCGACACUCAUUUGGAAUCUGAAUUCUCUGUAAAAUUGUGAUUUCACUUCGCUCUCGUUUGCUACUUUCUUCUAUACGGGUUCUGGGAAAGUUCGAUUGUCUUUUUUUGGUUUAAUCGCGUUUUGAUUGGAGAAAAGUUGUAGUUGUUGUCGAGAAUGUUUAACGGAAUGAUGGAUCCCGAGUUGAUGAGGCUCGCUCAGGAGCAAAUGAGUCGCAUGUCGCCUGAUGACUUUGCCAGGAUCCAACAACAGAUGAUGACGAACCCUGAGUUGAUGAAAAUGGCUACUGAAAGCAUGAAGAACAUGAGGCCCGAAGACUUGAGACAUGCUGCAGAACAGUUAAAGCAUACACGUCCCGAGGAGAUGGCUGAGAUUGGUGAGAAAAUGGCCCAAGCUUCACCUGAAGAGAUAGCUUCUAUGCGAUCCCGUGUUGAUGCACAGAUCAGUUAUGAAAUAAAUGCGGCUGAGAUGCUGAAAAAACAGGGGAAUGAACUUCACAGCCAGGGGAAGUUUAAUGAGGCCUCACAGAAAUAUUUGCAAGCAAAGAAAAAUGUUGAGAAAAUUCCAUCCUCCAAAGGCAGUACAGUUUUAAAGGCAUGCUCGCUUAAUUUGAUGUCCUGUUACUUGAAAACAAAACAGUAUGAUGCGUGCAUAAAAGAAGGCUCUGAGGUUUUGGCAUAUGAUGUAAAGAAUGUGAAAGCUCUAUACCGGAGGGGUCAAGCAUAUAAAGCACUAGGCCAAUUAGAAUGUGCUGUCUCCGACUUAAGCAAGGCUCACGAUAUUUCCCCUGACGAUGAAACAAUUACACUGGUCUUGAGGGAUGCUGAGGAAAGAUUGGCUGAAGAAGGCAGUCACCGCAGGCCAGGUGGUUUGGUUAUUGAAGAAAUAACUGAAGAGGUCGAGGCUGUAUCAUCUGGAAAUGAUAGAAACUCAUUCAGAGAAUCCUCACCAAGACAAGUGGAUGAAAGCACAGGCUUCUCUAAGAAUAAGGGUGGGAAUGGUAAUGAGGGUGUGACAACCAAUUCAGAGAGUUUGCACGCUCUCAAAGAUGAUUCAGAAGCGAUCAGAUCAUUCCAGAAUUUCAUGUCUAAUGCUGAUCCUAACACACUGGCUACUAUGAGUGGUGAAAAAGCUGGAGAGAUAUCUCCUGACAUGUUCAAGGCUGCCUCCAGUAUGAUAAGCAAAAUGUCACCUGAUGAACUUCAGAAAAUGCUCCGGAUAGCUUCCUCAGUUCAAGGAGAGAACCAGUAUCAAAGAGGGGGGCCUGUAGAAAAUGGCUAUCGACCUGGAUCUAUUCCUUCAAACGUGACACCUGACAUGCUUAAAGCAGCAUCUGAUAUGAUGAAUAUGAUGUCGCCAAAUGAGCUCCAGAAGAUGUUUGAAAUGGCAUCCUCUUUAAAGUCAACAACAUCAGUCCCUUCAUCAUCAACUGCAAAUGAUACUAGACAGGCCUCGUAUAAUGUUUCAAAUUUGUCCGAACCUAGUGCAAGUGGUGCUAUGAAUGAAGAUAAUGUUGUGGGUGAGACUAGUUCAUCUGGUAGUUCAUUUGUGAACUCUAGAAGUGCUCCAAAAUCAAACUUCCCUACUUCAACCACUAACUUACAAGAACAGUUAAGAAACCAAAUGAAAGAUCCAGCAAUGUUGCCAAUGUUCACGUCAAUGAUGAAGAAUAUGAGCCCAGAAAUGAUGGCAAACAUGAGUGAACAAUUUGGAUUGAAGCUUUCUAAAGAAGAUGCUGCAAAGGCUCAGCAAGCCAUGUCAUCUUUAUCACCAGAAGACUUGGAUAAAAUGGUAACUUCCUUAUCCAUAUUCAAAUAAUGCUCGUUAAUGUUU